AUGCGACCUUCCUCGCCCCCUCGCUCCUUGCUGCACUUUGUGCUCGGGGUUGCGGUGGUGGCUGCGGCGGCGGAGAGGAUACCAUGCAGGGAGGAGCCGCUUCCUCCCCUCGUCGCUUGCCCUCAAGGCCAAUCAUGUCCCUUCGAACAAGUGCAUAUCUCCAUAGGGCGAUGGCAGGCGGGCGCGGGCUGGGAGAUGACGGUGACAUGGACGUCUCAGGCGCUUGCGGCCGGUCAAGUACCGUCUGUGAGAGUGUCGGAGCGCAAGGAAACUCUCACCGCGCCAUCGGGAUGCGUCGCUGAUUUUGUGGGGGAGACGACCAAUUACACAUACACUUCAUCGGGAGGCCCAUUCUACUCUCCUUCCACCAAGUUCUACGUCUCUCCCUCCAUCCAUCAUGUCGUCAUAGGAAAGCUCCGCCCCUCCAAGUUCUACCACUAUCAGGUUGGCGUCAAGCAGCGCAAGGCCAUUGCAGCAGGGAACGACCAAUAUAGAGACACGGUCUUUCGUUUCAGGACUCCUCCUGCUCCAGGACAAGCCCCCAGCGCUCAGCUUACUGGAUCCGAGGUAAUGAAGAUAGUCGUCAUCGGCGACCUCGGGCAGACCAUUCACAGCCAGCAUACCAUGGAGAAGGUGGAAAGCAGCUUGAGAGCAUCUGAGAAUUCCUACGCCAUGAGCUGGAUCAUCGGAGACCUUCCUUAUGCUGACGGCGACGGGCACAGAUGGGACCCGUGGGGGAGGAUGAUGGAGCCAGCGUCCGCAAGUCUGCCACUCAUGGUCCUUCCGGGCAAUCACGAGAUCGAGCUCGACGCGCAGACGGCAGAGACCUUCACAGCGUAUCGUCACAGAUUCAGAAUGCCCAGCCAGCUGCCGGAGAGGACGGGGCCAGCACGGGGCAACGACAUCCUGUACGAGGGAGGAGCAAGCUUUUACAGCUUUGAGCUGGGCCUCGUCCACUUUGUCUGCUUGAACACCUACAACACUCGGGGAGCGAUGCAUGACGUCUCCUCGGAUGUGCAGCGGAAGUGGCUGGAGGAGGAUCUCAAGGCGGUUGACAGGAGGAAGACGCCGUUCGUGGUUGUCGGGAUGCACGCGCCCUUCUACAACAGCAACAGGAACCACCAAGGGGAAGCUGAGACCGAGCUGAUGAAGAGCUGGGCAGAGCAGAUCCUGAACCGCUACUCGGUGGAUGUUGUGUUCGCCGGGCAUGUGCACUCGUACGAGCGGAACUGGGGGGUGGCGACGGGAGGGAAACUUUCGUCCUCAGCUCCCUCCUACAUCAACGUGGGAGACGGAGGGAACCACGAGGGCCUCUACGACGAUUGGCUGCCGCAGCCUCCAUACUCGGCCUACCGCAACGGCAAGUUCUUCGGGCACGGCGAGCUGUCUGUCUUCAAUGCCUCGCACAUGCGGUGGACUUGGAUCCCCAACCCGAAGCAGGGAGAGCAGGAGGAGGACAGCGUGUGGAUCGUCCGACCCGUCAGCAGCGGGAGCAAGCAGCAGCAGCAGCAGGAUACCAUCCUGACCAGCGGAGAGGAGGGAAGAAACCCGCCUAGCCCCAUGUCAGCCGCUCUCCCCCUCACCCUCCUUGGAUUCGUCCUCGGUGCUUUCGCGUACGUCAUCAGCAAGAGGGUGACGAGGGAGGAAAGGGGAGGAGGGUCUUCCUAUGAAGUGUCAAGCGCCCCGCUGCUCAAGCAGUCUCCAGCUGAUAUCGAGGUGAAGGCAGAGAGCUCAAGCACUCGUCUCAUGCACGAUCACACCUACGCAUGAGCGUGUUGUAGCUGGCGGGACUUCAAGAAGAGACUCUCACGCUUCACUUCACUGCAACUUCUCCGUUUCUCUCCCCACGUCCACAGGCCUCCGGGCAACGGGCCAACCCCUAGAGGGUCUCGGGCGACAGCCAGUCCAAGGACUUUUGCGCUUGUCGCCGUCAUGGCCUCCCGCAGCCAUCGCGCCAUUUAGACAAGGGGGAGGAGGAGGAGGAGGAGG